AUGGGUGACUGCGCUUGUGAAGAUCACAAAGACCUUGAGCACUUGCAUAAUUUGUCCCCAAUGCCUUGGCAAGUUGUUCUUAACAAUAAAUCCGAGGGAUUCUCUACGAAUCUUGUAAUUCCGUGGUUACCAGCUUCAAAUAUUUUCGCUGGAGAUAGUAACAUGGAUUUACUGAAGAGCAUGAUCAGGUUAAGGGAGUCCACUGCGCCGAUUUAUAGUGACACUGCGAAAAGACAUGAACAGUUUGGGGUUAAUUGUGAAAUCAAGUACGCUCGCGAUGAGCUGGUAAUAAUUGAGCGUUGGUACACUCGGCAAAACACCUACAUAUAUCUUGGGAACUUUGGGAACACUACACACAAAAAAGACUUUUCUUCUUUCUUCUACGAGGGUACUAUUGUGGUAGGUCCUGUCAAGAAAGUUAAUCAAACUAUUCACUUCAAGGAGUUUGAGAUUGCGCCUGGGGAAGCUUUUGUUAUUAGACUUGAGAAAUAA